AUGUUGUUACCUGAACUCUGGGUGACUCUGGCUAAGAUCUGCUUCCCUGUGCAGGUGAACCGGCUGCCUCGGGAGACCCUGCUGUGUGCCACUCUUUACGCUCUGCCCGUGCCCCCGCCUGGGAGCUCCUCGGAGGCCAGCAAACAGCGGCGGGUGCCCGAAGCCCUGGGCUGGGUCAUUGCUCCACUCUUCAGCUUCAGGCAAGUCCUGACUUGUGGCCGGAAGCUUCUGGGCUUAUCGCCAGCAACACAGGAAAGCCCCGGUGCCCGCUGGAGUGUGCCCAAUUUCCACCCGCCAGACAGUGUGAUCCUGUAGAUUGGCUUUCCCACCUCGGCCUUUGACAUCAAGUUCACCAGCCCUGCUGGAGACAAGUUCAGCCCCUGCUAUGAGUUUGGCAGCCUCCGGGAGGAAGACCAACAUGUGCUUAAAAACAUCAUGCAGAAGGAGUCCCUGCACUGGCUCACGGAUGCGGACAAAAAGCACCUGUGGGAGAAGCAGUAUUACUGCCACGCGGAGGUGAGCGCGCUGCCCCUGGUGCUCGCCAGCGCCCCCAGCUGGGAGUGGGCCUGCCUCGCCGACACCUAUGCUCUGCUGGCACAGUGGACCCCCAUGAACCACCAGGACGCCCUGGGGCUCCUGAACACCAGGUUCCCAGACCAGGAGGUGCGUCGCAUGGCUGUGCAGUGGAUCGGCUCCCUCUCCGAUGCUGAGUUGCUGGACUACUUGCCCCAGCUUGUGCAGGCCUUAAAGUACGAAUGCUACCUAGACAGCCCCUUGGUGCGCUUCCUCCUGAAGCGAGCUGUUUCUGACUUGAGAGUGACUCACUACUACUUCCGGUUGCUGAAGGACGGCCUCAAGGACUGUCAGUUCAGCAUCUGCUACCAGUAUCUGGCCGCCUUGCUGUGUUGCUGUGGCAAGGGGCUGAGAGAGGAGUUUAACCGCCAGUGCUGGCUUGUUAAUACCCUGGCCAAACUGGCCCAGCAGGUCCGGGAGGCUGCUCCUUCUGCACUGCAGGGCAUCCUCCGCACCGGCCUGGAGGAGGUGGAGCAGUUCUUCGCCCUCAGCGGCUCCUGCUGGCUGCCCCUCAGCCCCAGUCUGCUGGUUAAGGGCAUUGUGCCUAGGGACUGUUCCUACUUCAACUCCAACGCCGUUCCCCUCAAGCUCUCCUUCCAAAAUGUGGACCUGCUGGGCGAGAACAUCCGUGUCACCUUCACGCCUGACGACCUUCGCCAGGACAUGCUGACCCUGCAGAUGAUCCGCAUCAUGAGCAAGAUCUGGGUCCAGGAGGGGCUGGACAUGCGCAUGGUCAUCUUCCGCUGCUUCUCCACUGGCCGGGGGAGAGGGAUGGUGGAGAUGAUCCCCAACUCUGAGACCCUGCGCAAGAUCCAGGUGGAGCACGGGGUGACCGGUUCCUUUAAGGACCGGCCCCUCGCCGACUGGCUGCAGAAGCACAACCCUGGGGAGGAGUAGUAUGAGAAGGCUGUAGAGAACUUCAUCUACUCCUUUGCUGGCUGCUGUGUGGCCGCCUAUGUCCUGGGCAUCUGUGACCGACACAACGACAACAUCAUGCUGAAGACGGCCGGCCACAUGUUCCACAUAGAUUUCGGCCGCUUCCUGGGCCAUGCCCAGAUGUUUGGCAACAUCAAGCGGGACCGCGCCCUCUUUGUCUUCACCUCGGACAUGGCGUAUGUCAUCAACAGGGGUGACAAGCCUUCCAGCCGCUUCCAUGACUUUGUUGACCUUUGUUGCAAAGCCUACAACCUCACUCGCAAGCACACCCACCUCUUCCUCAACCUUCUGGGCCUGAUGUUGUCCUGCGGGAUCCCUGAGCUCUCAGACCUGGAAGACCUCAAGUUCGUGUAUGAUGCCCUGAGGCCUCAGGACACGGAGGCCAGUGCCACUACCUACUUCACUAGGUUGAUAGAGUCCAGUCUUGGCAGUGUAGCCACAAAGCUCAAUUUUUUUAUUCAUAACCUGGCUCAGAUGAAGUUUUUAGGCUCAGAUGAUCGGCUGACCCUCUCGUUUGCUCCGCGAACACAUACUCUCAAGAGCUCAGGCCGCAUAAGCGAUGUGUUUCUCUGUCGCCACGAGAAGGUCUUCCACCCUAACAAGGGCUAUAUUUACGUGGUAAAGGUUAUGCGAGAGAAUGCUCAUGAGGCCACUUACAUCCAGCGGAUGUUUGAGGAGUUCCAGGAGUUACACAAUAAGCCGCGGCUGCUCUUCCCUUCUUCCCUCUUGCCCAGUCGCUUCGUGAUUGGCCGCUCGCGGAGAGGCGGGGCCGAGUGGCGCCGGGAGGAGCUGAACGGCUACAUCUGGCACUUGGUCCACGCGGCCCCGGAGGUGGCCGAGUGUGACUUGGUGUAUACCUUCUUCCACCCCCUGCCCAGGGAUGAGAAGGCCGCAGGCAGCAGCCUGGCUCCCAGGUCCUCAGAAGGCACAUGGGCCCGGCCAGUCGGGAAGGUUGGAGGAGAGGCGAAACUGUCCAUCUCCUACAAAAACAAUAAACUCUUCAUCAUGGUGAUGCACAUUCGGGGCUUGCAACUGCUCCAGGAUGGGAAUGAUCCCGACCCCUAUGUCAAGAUUUACCUCCUUCCUGACCCUCAGAAAACCACUAAGAAGAAAACCAAAGUGGCCCGGAAAACCUGCAACCCCGCCUACAAUGAGAUGCUGGUGUAUGAUGGAAUUCCCAAGGGAGACCUUCGGCAGCGGGAGCUGCAGCUGAGUGUGCUGAGUGAGCAAGGAUUCUGGGAGAACGUUCUCCUUGGGGAGGUGCACAUCCGCCUGCGAGAGCUGGACCUGGCCCAGGAGAAGACUGGCUGGUUUGCACUGGGGUCUCGAAGUCCUGAGACCUUAUGAACACAGCGGA